ACAUACAGAGAAGACACAAUUUUCGACAGAAAGGCCUUAUUUGGGCCAGACCUCGUUGUUGCCGGCAACAAGUACGAGCGGAAUCAAAAGUGAACCUGGCUACGAUGCAUACAGUUGCUUGCAAAACCAACCAUCGUACCCUUAUCAGCAAAUUUUCGGGUUCCCGAACCCUUCAGCAACGACCAACAACGAACUGGCUUACCAUCACCAACACCAUGUGACGGCCGCUGCAAAACUAAUGGCAUCGUCAUAGCUCUACGCGAAAUACUAGUUUCGAGUUGGUUCGACAGUGAUUUUUUAAGUGCAAUCGCAAAAUUUGUAAAUUUGUGUACAGAGGAACUAAUAAUCGCAAGUAUGUCUUAAAACAAAAAUACUCUGUAAAAAAAUAGAUGACAUAGAUAUUCAGAUAAAGUAUAUAUACUAUAAUGAAAUCAAUUUUCAAAAUUUAAAGCCCCCCACAGACUACGGUUAAUUUCAUCCUUUCGCAACGCCGGCGCCGCAAUCCAAAACGUCGUGAAAAUUUUGCUAAGAACUUCGGCCGCGCAAAUACAGAGCGCUAAAAAAAUGAAUGUGAGUCCAACAUUUUACAAAUAUCACCUAAUUUAAUUUUUGACAUGAUUAAUUAACAUGAAAAUACAUGUAAAAAAAAUCUAAGAGGGUUUUUUGAUGGCAAUUAUACUUAUUUUAAUAUAUUAUCUCAAACAUUUAAAAUAUUUAAAAAAUAUAUUUUGAUUUUUGAGAUCAAAGUUCUAUCACAACCAACUACAAUUUGCAUCAAUAACGAGUUUAUUUUAACAGUUGGAAAAAAAAUACAUUCUCAAAGAAAUGUGUUUAUCGUUUCAUCUUUUGGCGACGUCAAACUCAUUUAAGACGUUUCGUUUCUCUGAAAACAAAAUUCUUUAAGAAUAAGUUUAUAGACUUUCCCUUUAAAAUAAACUCUUAAAAUACACUUGCGUGCAUAGAAAUCGGCCCAAGGCAAACUUUUGAAGUUAACUAUAUAUUU